GUUUAUUCAAGUGGCGACGUGUCUCGUGCAACAAGUAACGUGGACCUCGUCAGGCGACACGGAGUACUCAUGAGAACUUAGAACGUCGCGAAAUCUGGAUCCUGGAACCCUUGGGGAGUAGGGAGUACAGAUGGAACCUCCGGAUUCUGGGUGGAGACGCGUCCGUCGCUGUUCGCGCAUACUCCAUAUACCCUGAACAAUAACGGGGAAUCCAUUUCCCAUUCCCCUGGGUCGAACGGCGAUUCCUUCUUCUCGUGGGAUAACCACGCAAUGAUGCUAGCCAUAGCCAACUAACUACCUGCGCUUCACGAAUUCGAGGGCUUUGUUUGGACCUGGUGCAAAAUCCGCUUUCCUCAACCUUCAGUAUGUUGCCAGACCGACGAGGUGACAGUUUCUUCCAACACGGGCUGGAAUCGGAAAGGCGCUACUGCAGUUGGGAAAUGAAGAUAUGACCAUUGCAGUUGCCGUGGUGUUGAGCUUCACAGCAAUCAACUGCAACUGCCAAAAGCAACCCAUUGCAGAUACCCCCUCACCUGAGACUGCAAAGGGAGCUUUAUUACUGCGGCUGGCGUGGCGAGGCGGUCGAGGGGUCUGCAACGUCCCUGGUCCCUUGGUCACCGUUCCUCAAGUGAGGCUGUUUUGCGAUGGUUGCUGGUGUGACAACCCGUAGGCCGCAUGCAUAUGCUCGGUGACGUACCCACAAAGACUUCAAUGUUACUUACCCCUUACGUUCUUCAGACUACACACAAAGCAUAGCAACUCCCAUAGGUCUAGUAAUUUAGUCGUUCAGCCCGUAAAUCGUUACUCGAC